UGUGAUGACCCCGGGGUUAUCAGCACCCUCUGCAGAAGUUCAUCGUCGCUUUCAGUUUAUCCACGACCGUAGAAGCAAUCAACCGGGUCUAGUCAUGGCGAAAGAUCUCGUAAUUCUCGCCUAUUCUGGUGGUCUGGAUACUAGCUGCAUCCUGAAAUGGCUGAUUCAAAAAAACUACGAUGUGGUAUGCUUUAUGGCCGAUGUUGGACAGAAUGAAGAUUUUAAAAAAGCUCAGGAGAAGGCUUUGGCGAUAGGAGCUAAAGAUGUGAUCGUGGAAGACUUGCGUAAAGAGUUUGUAUCGAACUACAUGCUGCCCGCAGUGCAAAUGGGACUGGUAUACGAAAGCCGGUACUAUCUGGGAACUUCUCUAGCAAGACCCUGCAUUUCAGUCGGCCUAGUAAAUGCUGCAAAGAAACUCGGAGCCAAAUACAUUUCUCAUGGAGCGACAGGCAAGGGCAACGAUCAAGUGCGAUUCGAACUUAGUGUUUACUCAUUGUGGCCUGAAGGUAAGAUUAUAGCACCUUGGCGGCUCCCGGAGUUUUUUGAAAGAUUUCAAGGACGGAGUGAUCUUAUUGAAUUCGCAAAAAAAGAGAACAUUCCUGUGUCAGCUACUCCCAAGGAACCAUGGUCAACGGACGAAAAUAUCAUGCACAUCAGUUAUGAAUCUGGCGUGCUUGAGGAUCCUGGAGCAAUUCCCCCAAGCGGCAUCUUCAAAAUUACGCGGGAUCUCAGGCAGGCAGAAGACUAUCCCAGCACGAUCGAUAUAAACUUUGAAAAAGGAUUACCAGUCUCCGUUCGUAUCCCAAGUGGACAUGAGAAAUCUCUCGUUCUAACUGAUCCACUUGCUGUAGUGGAAACUCUAAAUAAGUUGGGAGGGCAACACGGAGUAGGCCGCAUUGACAUCGUGGAGAACCGAUUCUUGGGAUUAAAGUCCCGAGGACUUUACGAGACCCCGGCUGGAACCAUCCUUCACAUCGCUCAUGUUGAUUUAGAGGCGUAUGCUCUUGAUAAGGAAGUUCUAAGAGUCAAGAAAUAUCUUCAAGAUAAAAUGGCUGAUUUUGUAUACAACGGAUUUUGGUUUUCACCUGAAGCAACCUACACCCGAAAAUGCUUGGAACUGUCCCAAGAAACCGUUACCGGAAUGGUUACAGUACAAAUAUACAAAGGGAAUGUUACCAUACUAGCGAGGAAGAGCGCAGCGAGUUUGUACAACAAAGAUCUGGUAUCAAUGGACAUUGCUGGUGGCUUCUCACCUGAAGACAGCACUGGAUUCAUCAACAUAAACGCUCUCCGUCUUAAAGAAUAUGCUAGAUUUAGCAAGCAAUCUCAAUAAAUGUUUGAUGUUUUAUUCAAAAUAACUGAACAUUGAUGUUUUUUUUUGUUUAAAGUAAUAAAUUGAGCAAACUUCUUGUACCUAGGCCACUGAGCUCAUUAUGCAUUACCUACCUACAUUUACUUUCCCGGUGACUUGAAAAGUAAAUAAAUAAGGAAAAGUGCAGAAGACGCGGGCGAAGUGAAGGCAGCGGUGGGUGAAUCUCCUCGCUCGGUUUCACCACAAACCCUUCGCCAUAGGCCAAGACGGCUCAGGUUUACAUUGAAAUGUGAAUAAAAGACAUAUGAAAAGAGGAGUACACAUCCGUGUUCUCCAAUAUUUCUUCUAUAAAAUCUAACAAGCUUGAGCGUUUCAAAAUAGGAACUUUUUCUGUACUAUUUAGCUUGGUAACAUAGUAUCAAUUUUUUUACCAUGUUAACACUGAAUGUAAUGUCAGUGAAUUUUCUAUCAUUCGUUCAGUGAAAUUGUCAAAUAAAUUAAAGAGUUGUUUUGCGUGUUGUUUGGUUUAUAACAAAAAGAUACAAAAUGCAGAGAAACUUACCUCAAAAUAAGGAAGCCUUAUUAAAAUCAUAUACAACUCGAUUAAAAGAAGAUGUGAAGAGUAUGUUAGAAAACUUUGAAG